CCGCCCCGCCACCGCCCCGCCCUCUGUUUCCGCCGCCCUACUCUCCAUGCAUACUGUAGGCGCGCAGCAGUGUGGCCAGCACCCGUGCGUCUCCACAUAGCGCGCCUCGUCUAUCCGGGAGUAAAGCUGGCGAUCGAUCAGGCUGGAUAUUGAUGCGAUGCCAACAUGGAUCCAACCCUCAAUUUUCCUUCCUGCGCCUGAUUCCGCGUCUCGUCUGCGCAUCGUCACUUCUUUCAGCUGCUUUUCCAGGGCUGUCGGCGCGUCCUGCUGGGGAGGCGUCCCGCGUCGAGUCCCGUAGUGCUCGUCUUACUUACGGAUUGUACACUGCUGUAGUUUUGGUGUUUUCCCUUGGCCCAAUGACUGAGGUCGGAUCCGGCCGGAGACGACGCUCUCCACUCGGGGAGACCUUGGGCUGAAGUUUGGGGGCUGAGAGGAAGCCGAAGCUGUCCGCCUGACCUGCCCGGUCGUGGAUGUGCAACCGUCGAUACAUCGCGAUAGAUAGCGGAUUUGUUAUCUCACACCACCACCACGGAGAGGGAAUCGUUUUACUGGAUUUACCCUGAGACUGGAUUUCCCUUCAUCAUGAAGACUGCGGUUAUUAAUGGGAGCAGACUCCUGUUUCUGGUGCUGUGGCUGAACCUGGUGCAUCCAGCUCACGGCUGUCCUGCCAAAUGUGUCUGCUACAGCGAGCCCAAGCCCACCGUGGCCUGCCAACAGCAGGGACUGUUUUCCAUCCCCACUGAGAUCCCCGUGCGGAGCCAGCGGAUAUUCCUCCAGAGCAACAAGCUCACGGUGGUGAGAUCCACCAGCUUCAGCUCCGUCCACAACCUCACGGUGCUGUGGAUGUACUCCAACAACAUCAGCCAGAUCGAGGCCGGGGCCUUCUAUGGUCUGGAGAAACUAGAGGAAUUGGACAUUGGCGACAACAGCAACCUCCGCACCAUGAGUCCCACGGCCUUCCGGGGUUUGACCAAGCUGCACACACUGCACCUGCACAGGUGCGGUCUUUCGGAGCUGCCCGUCGGGGUGUUCCGAGGGAUGUUCUCCCUGCAGUACCUGUACCUGCAGGACAAUAACAUUAUCACGCUGCAUGACGACGCCUUCCUGGACCUGGCCAACCUGACGUAUCUCUACCUGCACAAUAACAGGAUCAAGAUAGUGACGGACAACAUGUUCCACGGCCUGAUCAGCCUGGACCGACUGCUGCUGCACCAGAAUCGGGUCGUCUACGUCCAGCCCAAGGCGUUCAGCGAUCUGGGCAGGCUGAAGUCGCUGUUCCUUUUCUUUAACAACCUCACCAUGUUAUCAGGGGAGACCAUGGACCCGUUGGUUUCCCUCCAGUAUUUACGUCUGAACGGCAACCAGUGGAUUUGUGACUGCAGGGCCCGGACCUUGUGGGACUGGUUCAAGCGGUUCAAAGGUUCCAGCUCUGAGCUGGAAUGCAAUGUGCCAACAGCUCUGGCAGGGAUGGACCUCAAACGGCUGGAGAGUGAUGAACUGGAAGGCUGUGUGGAAACCUCUCUCACCCAGACCACUCUGUUCAAUGCCAAGACACGGCCCGGGAAAUUCCCAUCCACCGAAAACCCUUUGGGAGAAGCCAUCCCCAGAUGUUGUCUCGGAGAUAACGACAAGUCAUCCAUCCUGUCUGGAGACGUCAAGAGUCGUCAGAUCACCAACAACCCACUGAAGGAGAAGGAGAACAUAUCCAAGACCAAAUUCAAGGAGAUGGAACGUACGAAGAACGAGACCCGGAACAAGCAGAGCGACGGACCUCUGGGAACCUUGUCCAACGACCUGGACCAGUCUUUGGAUAACAUCAAUCCUGAACUCAUUGACAAUCUAGAACCCUCCACAGCGCCGAACAAGAAGAAGAAGAAGUGUUCCAAAAAGCCCAAGUCAGACGCCCAUUGUCUCAAAGGCCGUGGAUCUACGAUUCAAGCUCCGGCCUUUUUCUUCACUCCGUUGAUCUGGAUCUCUCUAGCCAUGUCCUAGGACGUCUGAGCACUCUCUCAACACAGGGCAGAACUCACACAGAUUGUUAACGCUCAUGACAAUGACACAGACGUUGUAGAGACUUCUACCACUGACUGGCAAGGAAGGGGUGAAAUCGGCCCAAAAGAGGCAAAGACUAACAAUAAUAAAGAAAUACAUUUAACAAAAUGGAUGCCUUUUACAGACCACUUCAAAUUUAAUGUAUAUAAUAACCGGUGCCCAAAAUUGUUUGUUCUGUAUGUACUUAACUGUACUGUGUCUAAGCUACACUUUUGAGAUUAUCCUUGUUUUGCCCUCUAUAAGGCUUUUACAAACAAAGAAAUAAACUGCUUGGACAGGAUACUGGAAAACAACCAUGAGGAAAUGAAACCGAGGAUUUCAGAGACCGAAAGCACACAAAGAAUGUUUAGGUCCGUUCAGCCAAGAAGGAUCUCCAUUUGUCAUUAUUUAUUCAAAAGUGAUGCAUUUGUUGGGUACAGUUAUGUUUUUUAUGUUUCUACGUAAACCAGUAAAAAAUACAAAUGUUUGAUCUCCCCUAUUUUUGUUCUACUUCCACACGAGAAAAGGGUCCAUGGACGGCCUUGAACAAAGGAAUGCUGUUGUGUUAAGGGAAAUUGCAAAGGAAUCAUAGAUAUGCAUUUUAUUUUACUUGUGUACAAGUAUGAAUAUAUUAUGAAUAAAAGUUCUUCUUUUGUAA